GGACACAGCAAGGAUGGCAGGUCUAGUCUGAUGUAUCCAGCUAUAGUCUGAUGUCUGAAUUCCCUGCAUUCUGAGGAUUCCUCAUUAAAGAGGUGGUGUGGUCAGCUGUCUGUGGUGCCAGACACUCCAUAUCCCAGGAGCCCUUUGUGCGACAUGGAUCCGAUGGAGACCACCCCAAGAACACAGCGGAAAUUGUUCGGCAUCAAAGUCAAGAAGAAAAAGAAGAAGAAAGUCAACAAGGGUCUAGUCUUGGCAAACAAGGGUGCUCUGGAGGAUGCGGAGGUUGAAUCUGGCCAGGAGGACCUAUCUCUGCUGGGAGACGCCGAGGGCGCUUCUCUGGAGGGACCCUCAGACCUGCCUCCCUUCAGAGAACAGCCUCGCACUAGGAGGUCGAGGCUUCUCCCCAGGAUUCUGGAGGGUGAAAGCAGACCCAAGACAUUUCAGAUCUCCAUCAACAUCACUGAGGCCAGGCAGCUGGUGGGGGAGAACAUCGACCCCAGUGUGGUGCUGGAGGUGGGGGAGGAGAGGAAGCAGACCUCCGUCAAGGAGGGCACUAACGCUCCCUUCUAUAAUGAGUACUUUGUAUUUGACUUUUUCGGCCAACAAGAGACCUUCUUUGACAAAGUCAUCAAGCUGUCGGUGAUGCACUCCAAGAUCAUGAGGAGCUUCUGCAUAGGGUCCUUCAAGCUGGACGUGGGAACAGUCUACAGCCAACCAGGUCACCAGUUCAUCAACAAGUGGGCGGUGCUGAUGGACAGCAGCAAUGUGCGGGCAGGGGUCAAAGGUUACCUCAAGUGUGACAUCAGCGUGACGGGGAAGGGCGACGUCGGGCAGCCCUCGCAGAAGUUCAGCGAUGCUGAGGAGGUCAUAGAAAAGAACCUGCUGCUGCCGCUGGGGUUCCCCUCGGAGCGGCCCUGGGCCCGGUUCUAUGUGAAAGUGUUCCGUGCGGAGGGGCUGCCACGGAACAACUCCAGCCUAAUGGCUAACGUCACUAAGGCCUUCAUCGGGGACAGCACCGCCCUCAUAGACCCAUACGUGGUGGCCUCCUUCUACGGACAAGUGGGCCGUACCUCCACACAGAAGAGCACGGCGUCCCCUGUGUGGAAUGAGCAGGUGGUGUUCAGGGAGAUGUUCCCGCCCCUCUGCCAGCGCCUCAAGCUGCAGGUGAUGGACGAGGGCAGCAUGAACGACGUCGCCAUAGGAACACACUACAUCGACCUGCGACGCAUCUCCAACGACCAGGACGGAGACAACGGGUUCCUGCCGACGUUUGGGCCGGCGUGGAUCAACCUGUACGGAGCGGCGGAGCAGAGCGAGCUGAACGAGGGUGUGGGGGAGGGGGCCUCGUACCGCGGGCGCCUCUUCAUCGAGAUCGCCGUGGAGAUCCUGACGGGGGCCAGCGCCGUGGAGACCAAGGCACCCCGCACCACCAAGGAGCUGAAGGGGGGCAGGGCAGGGGGGAAGGAGCAGGCAGGAGGAGCAGGGGGGACCGGGGCAGGUGCAGGAGGAGGAGGAGCUGGAGGAGGAGGAGAAGAGGAUAGAGGAAAACCUGUGGGACCAGAGGUCAUCCCUGUGGAGAACCCCCCUACGAUCGACAGCGAGAGCCAAGAAAGCUUCCUGUUGUUCGGCGUGGUGUUUGAGGCCUCCUUGAUUGACAGGAAGAUUGGAGAUCGACCCAUCAACUUCGAGUUUACCAUUGGGCAUUAUGGGAAUGUGGUGGAGUCCCUCCCGGCGACAGCCAGGAAGAGGGGGGGUUCCGAGACGCAGGACCCCGACCCGUCCCAGACAUCCCCUCUCCUGGACUCCCGUGAGCCCCUGCUCUGCAAGUCCACCACGCCGCCGGAGAAACCCAUCCUCGUCGAUGGCAACAGGAACUACAACUACCUGCCUAUCCACCAGAGGAAGCCCUGCAUCCACGUCACCAGCUACUGGCAGGACCGCACCUACCGCCUGCAUUAUUCCAACGUGCUGGAUAGCAUCGCUGUAGCAUUCGAGGAGGGCGUGGCCAAGGCGGGGUCACUGCACAAGCUGUUGGAUGCAGAGGCGGAGCCUGUUCUCCAACAGGUCUUUCGGGAAUUCUGCAGAGACGCCAGGAGGUUCAUAGCGUUUGCUGAGCGGCGUGUGAAGGGGAACCGCCUCACUCUGCUGGACAAGAAGCGCCUGACGCUCUGCAAACAGGAGCUGGAGAGUAUAGUGGAGCUGAUAGGCUCCAUGGCGGUGGCUAAGAGGAAGCCUCUCAGCGUUAAGGAGCAGCUACAGGAGGCCCACAAGCUCACAGCCAGACUACGCUUCCUUGUGGAGGAGCCCCAGCACACCCUUCCGGACGUGUUUGUGUGGUUGCUCAGCAACAACAAGCGUGUGGCGUACGCCCGGGUUCCUGCCCGGCACCUGCUGUUCUCGGAGAACGCGGAGGAGAUGGGCCGGGACUGCGGCAAGAUCAAGACACUCUUCCUCAAGCCGCCAGGGAGGCGGGGCAGCACCUGGGCGGUACAGGCCAAGCUGGACGUCUACCUGUGGCUGGGCACCUGCCAGGACUCCUCGCACAAGAUGGACAAUCUCCCAGCAGGCUUUGAGGUGCUGCAGGCGGGGCCUAACGAGAGACCGGGCGCCCCACCUGCCUACCUGCUCUACCCAGGUCAGCAUCGGUUCCAGUUGAGGGCCCAUAUGUACCAGGCUCGUGGCCUCAUCGCAGCAGAUGCCUCUGGACUCUCAGACCCCUUCGCCAGGGUGUCCUUCAUCAACCACAGCCACUCCACCGCUAUCAUCAACCAGACCCUGACGCCCACCUGGAAUCAGAUGCUGAUGGUGAACAGGGUGACGCUGCACGGAGACCUGACAGAGCUGGCAUCCGAACCCCCCUCACUCGUCAUAGAGGUCUACGAUGACGACGCAGUGGGUAAGCCGGAGUACCUGGGUUCGUCGGUGGCGGUGCCUGUGGUGCGAUUGGCUGAUGAGCUGUACCAGCCCCCGCCCCUCCAGUACAGCCCUCUCUACUGCGGCAGCAUGUCAGGGGGAGACCUGUUGGCAGCCUUCGAACUCAUAGAGAUUCCUGAGUCUGGAAGUCUGCCAGAGGUGGAUGAGCCGGAUGGCCUGGUGUACCCUGUACCCUCCUACAUACGCCCUGUACUGAGCACCUACCGCAUAGAGGUGCUGUUUUGGGGCUUGCGGGAGUUGAGGAAAGUGCAGCUGCUGUCUGUGGAUCGUCCUCAGGUGUUUGUGGAGUGUGCUGGGAGUAGUGUGUGCUCCUCUGUCAUUAGGAGCUACAAGAGCAACCCCAACUUCACUGUACUGGUGGACGCAUUUGACGUGGAGCUGCCUGAGGACGAGCACCUGCACCCUCCUCUGAGCCUGACGGUGGUGGACUGGCGCGCGUUUGGACGCAGCACGCUAGUGGGCAGCCAUGUCAUCAACAACCUGGGCCUCUUCAAACACCAACCGCCACCACCUGCCCCAGUCAUACCUACAACACCACCCAUAAGACAACCCGACCUACACACCAUACAGGUUCUGCCUCUAGCUAUCCAAGAUGGCCACCAGGGGGAGGGGCCAGCUGAGGAGAUCUACAUCAACAUAGAAUAUGACGCCGCACCCAUCAUACCCACACACACACCUGAGAAGACAUCUAAAGACAGGAGGGAGAGUAGGAAACAGACGCGGCGCUCCACUAAGAGGAAGAAGAGAACCAUAGCAGACGAGUCGGCCGAGUGUGUCAUCGACUGGUGGUCCAAAUACUAUGCAUCCCUCGACAAGAUCAAACUGGCACGAGUGAAUAAGGGCCACCCGUUUCCAGAACUGUAUGACAACAUGUUGCCCAUGCAGGGGUUGAUCUCAGAAGGAGUAGACACCCUGGUGACAGGAUUUAAACGUCAGAUGACAAUCACCCAGAGAUCCAGCAUGGCCAAAGGAGUUAUGGAGCAGCAACCCAAACUAGCCACACUGAAGAUCUAUGAGAAGGAGUUGGAGGAUGAGUUUGGCCAUUUCGAGGACUGGGUGAAGACACUGGAGCUGUACCGCGGCAAAGCCAACGAGGAGGACGGGGCCAGCGACGACCGGCUGGUGGGCAAGUUCAAGGGUGGCUUCUGCUUGUACAAGCUACCAGAUGAUGAUGACGGGGAGUGGGAGGGUCCCCUGAAGAUCAACCAGGGCCUGCCCCCCAACACACAAACCAAAGUCCUCAUACGCGUCUACAUCGUCUCGGCCACUAAUCUGCACCCCGCGGACCCUGAUGGGAAGUCGGACCCCUACAUCGUGCUGAAGCUGGGCAAGACCGAGAUCAAGGACCGCGACAACUACAUCCCCAAGCAGCUCAACCCUGUCUUCGGCAGGUCGUUUGAGUUCCAGGCGUCGUUCCCUAAGGAGUCUCUUCUGAAGGUUCUGAUCUACGAUUACGACCUGAUCGGGGGUGAUGACCUCAUCGGGGAGACAUACAUCGAUCUGGAGAAUCGCUUCUACAGCCGCCACCGAGCCACCUGCGGUCUGCCCAUCGAGUACUCACCCGAGGGCUACAAUGCGUGGAGGGACUGUGUUCAGCCCACAGAUCUGCUGUGUAAACUGUGUAAGGAGCAGAGGGUGCCAGGGCCGACCUUCCAGCCCGGACGCAUCACCGUCGGGGGCAGGGCCUUCACUGGGAAGACCACCUUUAUGGACGAAGAUCGCAUGUUUGAGUCCUAUGAACACCUGGCCCUCAAGGUGCUCCACAGGUGGCCAGAGGUGGCAGGAGACAGCUGCAGGCUGGUGCCCGAACACGUGGAGACACGCACCCUAUACCACAAGGACCGACCCGGCAUCGAACAGGGUCAGCUGCAGAUGUGGGUGGAUAUGUUCCCCAUGGACAUGCCUCUCCCUGGACCUCCCGUAGACAUCUCCCCCCGCAAGCCCAAAGGGUAUGAGUUGAGGAUCAUCAUCUGGAACACGGAGGACGUGAUCCUAGAGGACAGCAACAUCCUGACGGGACAGAUGUCCAGCGACAUAUACGUCAAGGGUUGGCUAAAAGGUCUGGAGGAUGACAACCAGGAGACGGAUGUGCACUACAGCUCCCUGACGGGCGAGGGCAACUUCAACUGGCGCUUCGUCUUCCCCUUCAGCUACAUGCCGGCGGAGAAGCUGCUGGUGGUCCGCAAGCGCGAGAGCAUCCUGGCCCUCGACAAGACGGAGACCAAGCUGCCCACUGUGCUCGUCAUGCAGGUCUGGGACUUCGACCGACUUUCUGCCGAUGACUUCCUGGGCUCCUUAGAACUGGAUCUUCAUGGGUUUCCUCGUGGUGCGAAGUCGGCCAAGGCCUGUAAGCUGGACAUGCUGACUGACAGCACCGACGUCAUCUCCAUCUUCCAGCAGAAACGCUCUCGGGGAUGGUGGCCCUUCACCAAGUUAGGGGAACUCACCGGUAAAGUGGAGGCGGAGUUCCACCUGGUGACAGCCGAGGAGGCGGAGAAGAACCCGGUGGGACGCGCCCGGAAAGAACCGGAGCCCCUGGAGAAACCCAAUCGACCUGAUACCUCCUUCUCAUGGUUCAUGAACCCGUUUAAGUGUUUCUUCCACCUGAUCUGGAAGAACUAUAAGAAGUACAUCAUCAUCGCUCUGCUGCUCCUCUUCACCGCACUCUUCCUCGCGCUGCUCUUCUACACACUUCCUGGAGCCAUCACGCAGAGGAUCGUCAACGGCUGAUUGAUCGAUGAGCAAGGGUCAAAGCAGCUGAUUGGACAAAGUUGGGGGGCCAUAACACCUGAUUGGACAAGGGUGGAAGGGGGGGGGGGCAUAACACCUGAUUGGACUGUUUUUAUUCUUAAUCACCAAAACACCAGCAUACAGUAGUAGGACAGCAGCUCACAGUUGGAAUGGCAGAAAAACAUACUGUAAAUUAAAGGAAAAGUGUGUAAAUAUAAUGAAAAAGAUACAGUAAUUGUUAAAAACGCUGAAUAUACUGUAUACCAGUCCUCUCCAAUUACAUUUCCUCAAGGGACAAAUUAUGUAGCGCAAAUCAGGCUGAGGGCCAAACAAUUCGCCUGACCGCAUGGACACAGAUAGCACACAUACGUAUAUGUUUUCUUUUGUUUCAACAUCAUGGUGAGCCAAAUGUUUGCCGUGCCCGGGCCGGAUCUGGCCUGCGGGCUGCCAUUUGGAGACCACUGCUCUAUACAAUAACUACCAUUUUGCCAUGCAUCCUCAAUGGUCAAUGGUAAACAUUUUUGUAAAUGGUUGCAAAAAAAUCCUGAUAUCAGGAUAUAUCAGGAUGAAUGCUAUGGGGCACCUAAGUCACGCCCUCUACUUCCUGGUUCAUGGGGCAGAGGGAGUCAAAAAAUAAUUACUGGGCUUGAAAUGAGUGGCUUCUCGACAACAAUCCAAACCUCGGACCUCCACUUAUGCACCACAAGUCCACCACGACUCGCCUCAUUCACUUCCAUUCAAUUUUUUGCAACUGUCUGCCCCAUGAACCAAGCAGUAGAGGGCGUGACUUAGGUGCCCCAUUGUAUACUUGUCUUCCACUACUACAUAAGCUGUACAAAAUAUUUUGUGCUAAGUGGUUCAUUGUUAGGUUCAUACAUGCAAUUCUUUAACAUAAUCAGCAGGCAAAUUUGUAUUUGCUUUUGUGCGUUUUAUGUUUUAUUUUGUUUUUUUAGCAGUCAGUUAAAAAAAAUUCCAUAUAUAGUAAUGCAGCUUGGAUCUAGAAAUGAAUUGAGCCAAUUUCUCAGAAGUCCCCCCGGGAGCAUUAUCAAGGUUCACAGGCUUCAUCUCUGCUACAGUGUCGACACCACACUCUAGUCUAGUGGGAAAACAAUGAUAUAAUCAUGUCUUACAAGCACAUUUAUAAGCCACAAGCUGUAGAGAACGGUGAAAACAACACAGACACACGCACACACACGCGCGCGCACGCACACACACACACACACACACAGAUGAAUAGAUACAGUAUGUGUUGUGUGAAAGUUGCCGCUGGUGUGGGCCAGCAGAAACAAGACAAACACUGUGUGAUGUGGGCGAGUGAACGAUGCUGUUCCUGAUUGUUAAACUACUGUACUACGCUGACACGAAAUCCACUGCGAUCCGAUUUACAAGUUAUAUGGAUAUUUUUGUAAACACAUCCAUUUGGGCUUUUCUUUUUUCUACAAAAGCUACAUAAACAGAUAUUCAACAGUUCAAAGUUCCAUGCACAGCUCCUAGGUGCUGGUAAAUGCUGGAAUGUUCAAUACUUCAAAAGAAAGAAGUCUACCACACACUUUCUUGACUUUAUGCUCGUUUAUUAGAGCGAACAACGCGUUUUGCCUCAGUGCGUCAUCAGGCUUGCUCAGGUGAACAGAAACACAUAUUUAUAUAGGUGUCUGAAAUAUGACUUUUUAUCCCCAUGCCGUAAACGAGAUCCAAAAAUGUUAAAAGAACCCAUUUAAAAAAAUAAAAUAAAAAAAUGCCAGCAUCUCAUAGCUUGUCAGUUGUAGAAUUGAUUAUGGGCUGGUCAAUAAAUGGCCUGGACAAGACCAAGGAGCCUUAAACUAGGCUAAAAAAUAUUACACAGUGCACCUUUAUUUCUAGAAUUCAUGAUGCCCAGUACCCAUUCCCAAAUUUUACCUUUACCACAAAUACUACCACAUAAAUCAGUUGAUGAUAGUCGUCAAAAAAACGAAUUGAACUCUUUAACCUGGCAUCCAUGCUGUAGUACCAGAGAGGACAGAAUGAAUUCUUCUUUACUCCCUGGUACUGCUACACAUUAAUGAUGGGAGUAAGGCCUCUUACUCUCUAUGCCCUUUGGUCUCAAGGUCCUGAGUAUUCCAAGAAGCUGGCUCAGUAGUAAACCAGGUUAUGUUAACCUUGAGGUAAAUCAUCUAAUAGAAGAACCUUGACUCCUCAUUUAUUUCAUGAAAUGAUACCUGUGGGUUAUCAAUGAGCAGCUUUACUAGCCAGGCCAUGCCCUCCUAGUACCGCAACAGCUUCAGGGUUGCUACCAGUCAGGUCAAGAGCAAUGCAAGUACUUUCUGAGUCCCCGCAAAUACGGGAACUCUUCCCACUUUGUUGGGAAGCAAACAAUCAUUAGCAAACCAAGGGAGGCCAUUUGGGAAAUGCCGUUUGGGAAAUGUUAAUUGUUAUGCUCUUGGUCAGACCAAGUCGCGAAGAGAUUUGAAAGUUGAUGAUAAUCAGGCUACAGCUUAACCACUUCCUAUGUUAACUAUUUUAUCACUUCACAAAUGUUCAUGGAAUACCCCCCAGCAUUGCUUCUGCUACUCUGAUGGAAGGGCACUGCACACUCAAGCCUACUCACACCAUUUCUACUCCCCCCCUGUGUCGUUUGCAAAUCUACGGUGGUAAUUUACUCAUAAUUGCAUUUAUCAUUGAGAGUAGAUAGAUUAUUACAUAAUAUACAGUUAUUAAAUUAUAGAUAUUUCCUUGUAUUGUUUUGUAGUUUUGUUUUACUUAAUUGUUCUUUGUGUAAUCAUGAGAAUUUGUUUGUAUGGUAAAUAUGGUUUUGUAAUAUUAUGCUACAUGUAUGUAUUCCUCUGAUUUGUUUGUCAUUCAUUCAUUCAUUGUUCACCUUCAUUCAUCUGUAGACUACCUUAAUACCACAAAUCUAAAUAAAUAAAUUAAGACGAAAAGCAAGGAAUUAA